AUGGCCUCUCGUCAAUACCAAAGGCAGGAAAAUCACGUCCAACCCGCGAUCGACCCAAGCACUUGGACGGAGCAGCUGCCCCUGCCACGACCCUAUGCGCGAAGCGUUGGCUCCUACAAUACUGGUUUAACGUACGCACAACACGAAUUUUUGAGGCGGAGGAAGAUACCGCAUGGUCGCCAAUUAGAGGAAUUAGACUUCACUAAUAUUGAUGGCCGAAUUCACCUACCAGCUCCUAAACAUGUGUUGCUAUCACUUUCCCCCUCGAACCACGAUUCAAGAUUGCCAGAUGGCUCGAGAAACACAUCGUACAACGACACACCUAGUCUACACCAUCGAGGUGAUCGAAACGUACUACCAGCAAGAGGCUCUCAAAGUUUGACGAAUUCGCAAUAUGAUCAGGCAUGGAUGCCCCCAUACAGUGCUGAUUCAGUUCUUCUGCAAAGUACUCCUUAUGCCAGUGAACAACAAACUUCUCGCAAUACUUGGUCAAAAGUACCGACUGUUAUGCCAUCGAACCUACAGUCUUCUUUUGGUCCGACCGCCUCUGCAGGCCAACAGUAUUAUGGUCCAUACUGGCCGGAUGGAACUUUCAGCCCAUAUCGACCUGCACCCGUGCGCAACGACCGCUUCUUUCACUGGCGACAUAGCCGAGAUCUCAGUCAGAAUUCCAGACCACAUCAAGUCAAUCAAGUCAAUCAAGUCAAUCUGGAGCCAAUAUGGACGCACGGUCCUGCUCUGAAUGCACAGCAAUUCGCUCAGGGUACAGUACAAGGUGUUCGAUCCUUGCAGUCAUUACCACCUCGUGACGGUUAUGUCCCUUACCUAUCCUUCCAGGACAGAAUCUCAGAUGCGCUUGUCGCUGGUACAAGUUACCACGACCGUCCGACUACUGAGGAAGGUCAAUUCAGCAUAUCUGAACAGGUGCCAUUCAAGCCACAAAACCAACGAGGCGACGGUACACUUCACGCCACCGCAGCAUCAGAGCUGAUCGCACAACGAGAUCAGGCAUUCUCAUGGGCAUAUCGUAUAUACAUCGACCUGCUUGCUAAUAUACAGCGAGAUUCGAAAUUAGGAAGACAACACACAAAUCAAUUGGGACAAUCUCGAACAGUGGUGAAACCAGCGAUCUUUCCUCGACCACCUCAACGAGCGCAAUCCCAUUUCACAAGAUCUCUCAACUUAAAGAAUGGCAACCAAGGCUCAUACAAAAUGCAUGCUGGUGGGGAGAGCUACCAACCCAUGUCGAUUGAGGCUUCUGAUCGUCCUCAAACGGCGAUACGAAUGACUCGCCGGAAGACAGACUCAGCAGCUGGUGGUCCAGGGUCGUUUCAAUCAAACAAUGAUUACAGUUCUCUUGUUGGAAAUCCAGUUGAUACGUCCUUGAGUUUCCAGGAACGAUUCAACGUGAUGACUGGCGCCUUGAUGAGCACCCAACAACACAUUGACAAUGCCGCAGCUGCGCUUGAUACCAUCGAGGCCAUAUGUCGAGAUUCCGAGGUUUCAUGGACAGAUGGUAUGCUUCUGGCUGGUUGUUUGGCAUAUGGCAUCGGAAACUAUACCCAAGCACUGAAGUGGUAUCAGAAAGUUGUCAAGUUGGACUCGAACCAUGUCGAAGCAAUAUCAAAUCUUGCCGCGACAUUACUAGCCCUUGGACGACGAGACGAAGCCGCCAAUCAAUGGACCGCUGCCAUUAAGCUUCGUCCGAGCUAUUUCGAAGCAGUUGAGCACCUUGUCGGUCUGUAUGUUAGCAGCCAUAGAACGAGAGAUGCUGUGGAUAUCAUAGAAUACGUCGAGUCACGCUUGAAAUUACCAGUCCAUGCACAAAGCAUUGCUGGACCUGAUUCGCAUAUCGAGGACGAUAGUGACGAUCAAAGCCGAGCAUCUAGCACAACCAUAGGGUCGACCGAUGUCCCGUACUACGAUUUCGAUACCGGUAGGCGGUACAGCAAAUCGUCAACCGCAUCUGAGCAUCCCCAGGGACUCGGUGCCUUCGGCUAUGCUGUACCUGUCGCCGACAAUGGACGUCUCCUGGCCUUGAUUCACGCAAAAGGUAAUAUGCUCUACUCUCUUGGCGAUAACCGAGCUGCGGCAUCAGCCUUCGAGGACGCCAUAUUGAUAGCGACUGGUGAGAGGAAAGGUGGUGUCCGCGGUUUGAUAGAAAGAAUACUUCAAGCCUGCGUUUCGUCCGUGGAUCCGUACACAGCGGCGAGAGUAGCAGAGAGUAAAGAGCCUAUCCUCCUCACACCCGAUCGCGCACAGACAAUCUCACAACGAAUGUUUCCUCCGUCUGGUGAAUUGCCUGGUCUCGAGCAUGUUCCAUCGAACGUAGCACUAAAGGCUGCCAUAUCAACAUCGAGCAAUUCGUUGCUUUCCCUAGCCAAGAUCUACCAAGACGGCUUGUGCUCGCAAACAGCGGGUAAGAAUGCUGCGAAUCCUGGAACGAGGGAAAUCUUGGCCUUGUACUAUUUGUCCUUGUCGCUGCAACCUAGUCCAUCCACUGCUAACAAUGUUGGUAUACUGCUCGCUGGUGUGCAGACAGCAUCGGUCGUGCAGGUCACACCUCAACACACACAGAACUGUGUUUUCAACUACACCGGCGUCUCACCUGGGAGUGGUGUGGCUCUAGCACUUGCAUACUACAAUUACGGCCUCAACCUGGACGGCAAGCACGCACAUUUGUACACGAACCUUGGAAGUCUUCUGAAAGACCUCGGAGAACUGCAAGCUGCUAUCAAAAUGUAUGAGACGGCUGUCAGCUGUGAUGGAACCUUCGACAUAGCGCUGGCUAACCUCGCCAAUGCUGUCAAGGACCAAGGCAGAAUUGCUGAUGCGAUCAAAUACUACAAACGUGCAGUACAGGCGAAUCCUGACUUCGCCGAAGCCGUAUGUGGUCUUGCGACGGCUCUGAAUUCUGUUUGUGACUGGUAUGGUCGUGGUGGUGUGUAUGCAGAUGGUGGUCUACGCGAUAGAAUCCACGUUGACGAGCGUGGAAUGAUGUAUGAAGGUCGCAAAGGAUCUGGAUGGAUGCACAAGGUAGUUGAGAUAGUGGAUCGCCAGCUUCGCGACGGAGAGUCCUGGGGUGUUGGGAUCCUGAAAUCGGAUGUGAUUGAGCUCAUCUGCAACCAGUUGACCCUCAUCAAGAGCAAUUUACCUCAAGAAAGACAGAUGCAAACGUAUCGUCAUAUCCAACAGAGCUUGCAAGCAUGGGCAGGCAGGAAGUGGGAAGGCUCUCGAGUUGUCCGGUUGCUUGAACGUGCCAUCAAGUAUAUUGGUUGGCAGUGGUACCAGGAUCGAUACAAGCACAAAAGAGAAUAUCCUUCAAGACGGUAUACACGACCUACCCUGCCAGUCGCUGUGCCAGUACCGAGUGCGCCGACAGUCCUGCCAUUCCAUACCUUCACAACACCUCUCUCAGCGAGACAAGUUCGACAGAUUUCACAGCGUAACGCACUAAGAAUCUCGGUGUCGACUAUGAGAUCUUCAUGGUUACCCCGAACGGUAUACCCGCCUCCUGCACCACCGAAUCCCUGCUUGAAUGUGGGUUAUGUCAGCUCAGACUUUAACAACCACCCUUUGGCUCAUCUCAUGCAGUCUAUCUUUGGGUUACACAACCCCAGAAAAAUACGUGCUCAUUGUUAUGCAACAACAGCAUCCGAUGGCUCGAUACAUCGUCAGCAGAUUGAACGUGAAGCUCCUGUAUUCCGAGAUGCAUCGACAUGGAGUGUAGAGCGACUCGUCAACCAAAUCGUCGAGGACGGUAUUCAUAUCUUGGUAAACCUCAACGGCUAUACACGUGGAGCGAAGAACGAGCUCUUUGCGGCGCGACCUGCACCGAUUCACAUGUCAUUCAUGGGAUUUGCUGGCACGUUGGGUGCAGAAUGGUGUGACUAUGUCUAUGCGGACGAGAUCUCGGUUCCACAACAGACUUUGGCACCUUCCAGAUACAACGUGGAUGUGGAAGAUAAACUGAACCCGCGAUCUCAAGCAGAGGACUUGGAUGAUUGGAUUUAUGCCGAGAACAUCAUCUUCUCGAGGUCAUCUUUCUUUUGCGUUGACCACAAGCAGAGUGCACCAGAUGCGAAACACGGGCCGCCACGACUUCAUGACGAGUGCGAACGAGACCAGGCAUGGACUGAGGAACAGCGACGAAGAUGGAAGCUACGCAAAGAGCUAUUUCCAUCUCUUCCCGAAAAUGCUGUGAUAUUAGGCAAUUUCAACCAGUUAUACAAGAUUGAUCCGACUACAUUUCGGUUGUAUUUACGGAUUCUGAGCGCUGUGCCAAACACGGUAUUGUGGCUGCUGCGUUUUCCUGACGUUGGAGAGCAGAAUCUGAGGCAUUAUGCGCAAGAAUGGGCAGGACCAGAGACAGCAUCCCGAAUUCUUUUCACAGAUGUUGCACCCAAGGGGCUGCACAUCACACGAGCUUCAGUUGUUGAUCUCUUUCUGGACACACCUGAGUGCAAUGCUCACACCACAGCAGCAGAUGUUAUCUGGUCAGGAACACCAAUUGUCACAUGGGCUCGUUGGGACCACAAGAUGUGUUCACGAAUGGCAAGCAGUAUUGUGGCUAGUGCAUUGCCAGAAGGGCCAGAGGGUGAUGAAGGCCGACGGGAUCUUUUGGUAGGAUCAGAGAAGGAGUAUGAGGAUCGCGCUAUUCAAUUAGCGUCGAACUUGCGUUAUGUUGACACAGAUAACUAUGAAUAUUCAGGGCAAGGUCACGGUCGGCUUUUGGAGUUAAGGCGGAUGCUUUGGGAAGGUCGAUGGACAAGUCGGCUAUUUGAUACUAAGCGGUGGGUUAGCGAUCUCGAGAUGGGUUACUGGAAGGCAUGGACUGCUUGGGAAGCAGGGGAAGGAGGCGAUAUCUGGUUGUAA